CAGACACGCGAGACACCGAGAUGCAGAGAGACGUCGUCUGUCGUAUAGCUAAUCCACACACACGUGGCGUCGAUAGAGACACACACACACACAGACAUACAUACAUACAUACACAUGCACACGAACGAACCGAUCUAUCAUAUCAGGUAUCAACAACCCAACCCCAGCAAGGCAGCAAACAGCCCCUCUCAUCCACCCCACAGAACACACACCACACACACCCAAGUCACUCAGAGGCGCCGCUGAUAAUUCCCAAAGUGAACACCUGCACACACACGACCCACACACACAUGCUUUCUCUCUCUCCCUCUGUGUGUGUGUGUGUGUCUGUGUGUGUGGUGGUCACCAACCAGGUGUAUGUGUGUGUUGUGCUCCUUCAUAGUGCGGUCCUUAAAGGACAACUCAACCGGAAUGCCAAACUGACAACCAACGGACAUACACACAGGCAGGCAGACAGACAGACACAAGCAGAUGCAUCCGAUGCACCACAGCGUGUGACUGAAGGCUCACCGUGGCCUCCUUGCCGGCCGAGUCGUCAUGCGGCUUCACCCUCAAGCACACCUACACACAUACACAGGGGCCUCUCUGUGUGUUGUGCUUUGUGCGUCUUGGUGCGCGCGUACCAUGAUUUUGUUGCCCUUUCGCUCAGUGAUGAUCUCGGGGUUGUCCUGGACACACAAUGGUGGAAUGUGUGCGUGUGUGGAGGGAUGUGUGUGUGUGUGUGUGAGUACGUCGGUGGGAACGGCAGCAGAGUCCUCCUCAAUCAGACCCUGCCCACACGCACACACACAGGGAGAGAGAGGGAGAGAGAUGUACACAACACAGAUGCACACACCGACACUGACUGACCUCAUGGACGUCCUGCAGCUCGUUGUGCGGCCCAAUGACCGUCUCAAAAGGCUCUGUCAACACCUACACACACACACACAGUUUGUUGAUCUCCCUCCCUCCCUCCCUCCCUCUCGUCUCUCCGCUCGCUCUCACAUCCAUGGUGUAGCCAAAUGGGUUACUGCUGCUGCUGUUGUUGUCCCUGUCCUCCUCCUCCUCGCCCUCUGAUAUGUUUCUGUUGUACGCGUCGGCGGCGAACCUCGCCUUGACGCACACACAGACAGACACAUGUGCACACAACACACAUUCGUGUCUUAAGGGAGCAUCCUUCCUAUGUUACUUACGGUGGUGUUGCUCUCGACGGGGUUGUACAUGGCAAACGACACCGACAUGACGCGGCCCACACUAAAGGGACACACACACACACACACAGAGAGAGAGAGAGAGAGUGCACGAGCCUUCCUCGCUCCCUCCCUCCCUCUCUCUUUCUCCGUAUGUCAAACCAGCCCCUUCCUCCUCUCGCCCACCCACUGACCCACUGACCCGAUCUCAUUGGGGUUAGGGUGUACGAGGAGGACCCUGGGUACGUAUAGCCAGGCGAUGUUUUGUUUCUGGAAGGGCGGGGUGCUGCAGGGGUUGAUCUGAGGCUUCACCACAUAACGGGUGCACUGAUGGCAGAUGGCACACACACACAGAGAGACAGAUCCAUACGUUAGUUUGUCCUUUCCCCUCUCUCUCUCUCUCUCUGUGUGUGUGUGUGUGUGUGGCUGAUAUCACGAUCACGUACUUGUCUGCACCUCCGCGACCUUUUGGUGAGCAGCGGCUUGCGCGAGGGAAUCAGACCACUGGAGAAUGGCACACAUACAUACACACGCACGGACACACACACACGUGUGUGGGCGACAGUGUGUGUGUGGUGUGUGUAUGUGUGCCUUACCUGAGUGUGUGGGCCUCCUCGUUGAUGCAUCUGGUGCGCUGAUCGAGCGAUGCUACUGCACACACAUCACACACAACGGACACACAGAGAGAGGGAGGGAGGGAGGGAGGGAGUGCAGUGCAGCCAUGGGGGGUCUGUCCGCGUACUUGUGUCAGUUGGCGUCUCGUCGAGGGACUUGAGCUGCUCCGCUAUACUCCUGGCCUUCUCAUCUGCACACACACACACAACCAAACACGGAGUGCAUCAUGGUCUUAAGAGAGGGCUUCGACCCACCAGAGGGUGCGAUGAGGUCUUUGAGCGAGAUGCUCUCGAUCCUGACGCCCUUCUUGGUCGUCGUGCGGAUCGACAUCCUGACAAACCAUAAACACACAUACAGCGAUCGACGGACGAUUUGAGCAUGUGAUGGGUCGGUCCAUAGUGUAGCGGACGUCUUGAGUUUGGUCUUUUUGUCCUUGAGCAUGUUCUCGAGGUCCUCCACCACCCAGGGGUGAGCGCCGCCGCCACUCUUGGAACCCCUCUUCGACCUGACACCGACCGACCGAACGACCGAGCGGACACACACACACACAGACAUUCCCCCCCUCUCUCUCUCUCUCGGGGUGUGUGUGUGUGUGUGUAUGUGUGUGCAUACCCUUCGCCGCUGGUGGCAGGCAGGAAGAGCGUGAUGGACCGCCGACGCAUGCGGGCCUGCAGCUCCCUCUCUGCAAUGACACACACAUAGGUUAUCGGCCAUCUCAUUCGUCUGUUUCUCUCUCUCUCUUUCUCUCUCUCUCUCUCUCUGUGUGUGUGUGUGUGUGUGGGCCGUGCGGGCGGACAUACCCCGUGUGAUCUCCUGGGAGGCCUUGCGGAACGUCUCGACCAGCUUGUUCAUCUGAUUGUACACCACACACACAUACACACACAUACACACACAUACACACACGUGCAGGCCCAUACAUGGGUGUGGUGUGCGCCCGCCUCUGUUACCUACCUCUGUUCUGUGAGGCGAGUCACGCUCCUUCUGAAAGGCCGCAGCUGCACACACACACACAGAGAGGGAGAGAGAGACCCACAGACUGCAUCUGAUUGUCUGUGUGUGUGUCAGGUUCUUACCGACGAGCAUGUCAGGUUUCUCUGCCUCCAGCUGUAUUUCGCCCGAAGACCACCGGCAGAAUUGACACGAGAAGAAACACCUACGGCACAGUACACACGCCAUCCAUCCCAUGCACACACACACAUAUAAAUGGGCGCAAAUGGCCCUUCUGCGCGUGAAGAUGUCCAUACUGACUUGCCGUCGUGUGCAGCGGUGAUGGUGAGGGUGUUGAAGCAGAUGGGGCACUCGAAACACUUGGAACACCUACAGAAAGAAACGACACACACAGACGAUGGAUGCCACACACAGACCCCAACAUCUCUCUCUCUCUCUCUCUGUGUGUGUGUGUGUGCGUGUCUGUGUGUAUCUAAUCGUUGUGCCUUGCCUGUUGAGGUACAGCAUGGCUUCGCUGGAGGGCAUGUUCUCGAGGCAGUGUGGGCAGUAGUAGCUGUCGAUCUCCUCAGUCAAGCCAUAACGAGAACACACCAAAGAACACCUGACACACAGACCGACACACAGAUCAUAUAUUGACACACACACACACACACCAUCAUCCAACCAGGGCGGUUUGCCUGCCUGCACUCACAGCCGUCCAUCUCAUUCACUCCCUCCCUCCCUCCCUCCCUCCCUCAAGACCUAUUAUACACUUACGCGUCGCAGAAGUACAGCUCUUCCAAAGGAAACAGCCGCCCCGUCCCCGUGCCCGCUCCCUGCCCACCACCAUCGUCGACGUCAGUGCGAAACUCCACGCGGGGCUCGCCCUCAGCAUAGCCGUCGGAGUAUAUCAUGCCGACUCACGAGCGAUGUAGGUAGGCUUCUUCCCCCUUCUUAUACACUAUCUAGGCACCAUGGGAUGAUCGAUGCUGUACAGACGCAUGAAUGGGAAGAAGCGGAGCAAUCCGAUUGUUUUGAUGUGUUCUUUCUGUCACCUCUUUCCUUUGGUGGCUUGGCUCUUGUGUGUGUAAGUAGCCUUGUCGGUGUGAUCGAGUAGCCAAGAGGGGACUGCUGGGGUCGGCGGAAAC